AUGUUGCUACUGGUCUUUGAAAGUGAUACUGUUAAUAUUGGGGAUGUAUCCUAUAAGUUGAGAACUCCUAAGAACCCAGAACUUGUGCCACAGAACUACAUUUCAGACCCUCCGACUCAAUCUGUAGUUCAGCAUCUAAGAUGGAUAAUGCAGAAGGAUCUUUUGGGGCAAGAUGUCUUUCUGAUAGGACCACCUGGACCUCUUCGACGCUCUAUUGCCAUGCAAUACUUGGAGCUAACCAAACGGGAGGUUGAAUACAUUGCCCUGUCAAGGGACACCACUGAAACUGAUCUCAAGCAGCGAAGAGAGAUCCGUGCAGGCACGGCUUUUUACAUUGAUCAGUGUGCAGUUCGUGCUGCCACAGAAGGCAGAAUUCUCAUUUUGGAAGGCUUGGAAAAGGCCGAGAGGAAUGUUCUGCCUGUAUUGAACAACUUACUGGAAAACAGGGAGAUGCAGCUUGAAGAUGGACGCUUCCUGAUGUCUGCUGAGCAUUACGACAAACUUCUGCAAGAUCAUACUAAAGCAGAGUUGGAUGCUUGGAAGAUUGUCCGAGUUAGUGAAAAUUUCCGAGUGAUUGCCUUGGGCUUGCCAGUGCCCAGAUAUUCUGGGAAUCCAUUAGAUCCCCCUCUUCGUUCUCGAUUUCAAGCCAGAGAUAUUUAUUUUCUACCCUUCAAGGAUCAACUUAAUGUAUUAUAUUCAGUUGGAGCCAAUGUUUCAGCAGAGAAAGUUUCUCAGCUUUUGUCUUUUGCAACAACUGUCUGUUCCCAAGAAUCUUUUGCUCUUGGACUUCCAGAUUUUCCUUUAGAUAGUUUACCAGCUGCAGUUCAAAUCCUGGAUUCCUUUCCUAUGAUGUCAAUUAAACACGCAAUCCAGUGGCUUUAUCCAUACACUAUUUUAUUAGGACAUGAAGGGAAGAUGGCUGUUGAAGGUGUUUUAAAACGUUUUGAACUCCAAGAUUCAGGAAGCUCUCUGCUUCCUAAAGAGAUUGUUAAAGUGGAGAGAAUGACUGAAAACCAUGUCUCCCAUGCUUGUGUGACUAUUCAAAUUGCAGGACAAGAGGUUACCAUUAAGGUGCCAGCUGGGAUCAGACCAUUUGGUCAAUCUUGUGCAUCAGACCAAUUCAUACGGACUUUAAGUCAUAAGCAGCUACUGGCUGAAAUGAUGCAAUCUCAUAUGGUUAAGGACAUAUGUUUAAUUGGGGGAAAGGGUUGUGGAAAAACAGUCAUUGCCAAGAACUUUGCUGAUACCUUAGGAUACAACAUAGAACCCAUUAUGCUAUAUCAGGAUAUGACAGCUCGUGAUCUGCUCCAGCAGAGAUACACACUUCCAAAUGGAGACACUGCCUGGAGGUCCUCACCCCUUGUGACUGCUGCUCUGGAAGGCAAGCUGGUCUUGUUGGAUGGCAUUCACCGGGUCAAUGCUGGCACACUUGCUGUAUUGCAGAGGUUGAUCCAUGACCGAGAGCUUAGCCUCUACGAUGGUUCUAGGCUGCUGAGGAAAGACAGAUAUAUGCGUUUGAAACAAGAGCUGCAAAUGUCUGAUGAGCAGCUACAGAAGAGAUCCAUUUUUCCUAUACACCCUUCCUUCAGAAUCAUUGCCUUGGCAGAGCCCCCUGUUAUUGGAAGCACAACACAGCAGUGGCUGGGACCAGAAUUCUUGACCAUGUUCUUUUUCCAUUACAUGAAACCCCUUGUCAAAAGUGAAGAAAUACAAGUGAUUAAGGAAAUGGUCCCAAAUAUUCCUCAGGAAGCCUUGAAUAAAUUGUUAUCAUUUACACACAAACUCAGAGAGACCCGGGAUCCAACGGCACAGUCCUUGGCAGCAUCACUUUCUACUCGACAAUUGUUGCGGAUUUCUCGUCGGCUGUCACAGUAUCCUAAUGAAAAUCUUCACAAUGCUAUUACAAAAGCUUGUCUUUCCAGGUUCUUACCAAGCCUUGCUAGGUCAGCUUUAGAGAAAAAUCUGGCAGAUGCUGCAAUAGAAAUAACUACCAAUGACAAUCUGGAACCAGACCUGGAGGAUUACAAAUGUGAAGUGGUAUCUGGAUCACUGAGGAUUGGUACUAUUAGUGCACCAAUAUAUAAUACCCAUGAGAAAAUGAAAGUGCCUGAUGUUCUCUUCUAUGACAACAUUCAGCACAUGAUAGUGAUGGAAGACAUGCUCAAAGACUUUCUCCUUGGAGAACACUUAUUAUUGGUUGGUAACCAGGGUGUAGGAAAAAACAAGAUUGUUGACAGAUUUCUUCACCUGCUCAACAGACCACGAGAAUAUAUCCAACUUCACAGGGACACCACAGUACAAACGCUUACUCUUCAGCCUUCAGUUAAAGAUGGACUGAUUGUGUAUGAAGACUCACCUUUGGUUAAAGCAAUAAAGAUGGGUCAUGUUCUGGUUAUAGAUGAAGCAGACAAAGCCCCAACAAAUGUCACCUGUAUUUUGAAAACUCUAGUAGAAAAUGGAGAAAUGAUUCUAGCAGAUGGAAGACGCAUUGUAGCAAAUUCUGCCAAUGUGGAUGGACGAGAAAAUGUUAUAGUGAUUCAUCCUGAUUUUAGGAUGAUUGUUCUAGCCAACAGACCUGGAUUUCCUUUCUUAGGCAAUGAUUUCUUUGGCACCUUAGGUGACAUUUUUAGCUGCCAUGCAGUUGACAACCCCAAACCCCACUCAGAACUUGAGAUGCUCAAACAGUAUGGACCAAACGUGCCUGAGCCCAUCCUUCAGAAGCUUGUGGCUGCCUUUGGGGAGCUGAGGAAUUUGGCUGACCAGGGCAUUAUUAGCUAUCCUUAUUCCACCAGGGAAGUAGUAAACAUCGUCAAACACUUACAGAAAUUCCCCACUGAAGGUCUUUCCAGUGUGGUUCGGAAUGUGUUUGACUUUGAUUCCUACAACAAGGACAUGAGGGAGAUUUUGAUUAACACUUUACACAAAUAUGGGAUACCUAUUGGAGCAAAACCUACCAAUGUGCAGCUGGCAAAGGAGUUGCCUCUACCAGAGCAGACAUUCAUGGGUUACUGGACGAUUGGUCAGGCAAGAAAUGGAAUGCAAAAACUCCUGUGUCCAGCAGAAACUCAUCAGAUAGACAUAAAGGGUCCAGUGUUUAUGAACAUACAGAAGUAUCCAAUAGAAAGACAUGAAAAGAGAUCCCUAAACUUUACUGAAGAAUGUGUCUCCUGGAGAUUACCACUGGAUGAAAUUAAUUUAAUUUGUGACAUUGCUACAUCAUGUGAAAAUGAGGAAAAUACUCUGUAUAUAACUACAUGCAAUCCUGUUUCCUUAUACUUUAUGAAUAUGACUGGGGAAAGUGGCUUCUUUGUGGACUUAUAUGACAUCUUCCCAAGAACUGCCAGUGGACUUUGGCACCCAUUUGUGACAGUGGCACCACUGGGAAGUCCUCUCCAGGGUCAAGUUAUUCUCCACGAAGAACAGAGUAAUGUCAUCCUCUUAUUAGAUACCACUGGCCAGGUCCUUCGUCGUCUCAUCCUUCCUUUAGAAGAGGUAGCAUCUGAGAAAUCUUCCUGGUGGAGCAAGGAGGAAAAAGAAAAUUAUAAAAUGUGUAAAGAAUUUUCACACAAAAACUGGCUAGUAUUCUACAAAGAAAAAGGGAACAGAUUGACUGUACUGGAUGUUUUGGAAGGGCGAGCUCAUACCAUCUCACUUCCCAUCAACCUCGAGAGAGUUUUCCUUGUAGCAGAGGACAAAUGGCUUCUGGUGGAAAGUGAAACAAAUCAAAAAUAUCUUUUAACUAAACCUGCACACAUUGAAUCUGAGAACAGUGGGGUUUGCCAGUUGUAUAUGUUGAAAGAGGAGCUGCCUAGCACAGGGUUUGGAAUUACACAAGAAAUGGAGGUCAGCAUACCUCAUAAAAUUUCAAGUGAUCAACUAUCAUCUGAAAAUCUGAGUUCAGCUGUAGGACAAAAGAUCGCCUCUCCCAACCGAAUUUUCUCAGAUGAGAACAAUUAUGCUGCCAUAGUGGUUGGCUUCCCAGAUCUCAUGUCACCCAGUGAAGUUUAUUCUUGGAAGAGGCCAUCAUCUUUGCAUAAACCCAGUGUCACUGAUACAGCAUUUUAUGGAGGAAAGAAGAAGAAGGGGGCUCCAAGACAGAGAAAUUGUGUGACUCUUUUAGAUACUAAUCUGGUAGUCAGGAUUUUGCCCCCAGGAGAAGUCCCUCUAAAAGAUAUCUACCCAAAAGGUGUUACACCCCCACAGACAGCUGGUUAUAUAGAAGUCACUGAUCUGCACUCAAAAAAACUCCGAUAUAUCCCUAUUCCCAGUUCAGAAUCUCUCUCACCAUAUACUACAUGGCUAUCUACUAUUUCGGACACAGAUGCACUGCUGGCAGAGUGGGACAAAAGUGGCGUUGUUACUGUUGAUAUGGGAGGUCACAUCAGGCUUUGGGAAACUGGACUUGAACAUCUGCAGCGAUCACUCAUGGAAUGGAGAAACAUGAUUGGGCAAGAAAGUGACAGACAUAUGCAGAUAACAAUCAACAGAGACAGUGGAGAAGACGUGAGCUCCCCUAAACACGGGAAGGAGGACCCAGACAACAUGCCCCAUGUGGGUGGCAAUACUUGGGCUGGUGGAACAGGAGGAAGAGACACUGCAGGUCUGGGGGGAAAAGGAGGUCCUUAUCGGCUGGAUGCAGGUCACACAGUGUACCAGAUCUCUGAUGCUGAGAAGGAUGCCGUUCCUGAGGAGGUCAAGAGAGCUGCAAGAGAGAUGGGCCAGAGAGCAUUUCAACAGAGAAGAAAUUAUUUCAGUUUUUCUCCAUCCAGAGUAGUGUUGCCCUUGGGUUUUGUUAUACAUAGUAUUUUCAAUGUUGAGGCUAAAGGUAAAGAAAGGCAGUGGCUAAAACACCAAGCUACUGGAGAACUAGAUGAUGCCAAGAUCAUUGAUGGGCUGACUGGAGAGAAAACCAUCUACAAACGUCGGGGUGAGCUGGAGCCACAACUGGGGAGCCCACAAGAGAAACCCAAGCGUCUGCGCCUGGUGGUAGAUGUGUCUGGCAGCAUGUAUCGCUUCAAUGGAGUGGAUGGCCGGCUUGAGCGCUCAAUGGAGGCCGUGUGUAUGGUCAUGGAAGCUUUUGAGAACUAUGAGGAGAAAUUCAAGUAUGACAUCGCUGGACACUCUGGAGAUGACUACAAUAUUGCACUAGUUUCAAUUAACAAAAUCCCCAAGAACAACAAACAAAGACUAGAAAUUCUAAAGACAAUGCAUGCCCACUCUCAGUUCUGCAUGAGUGGAGACCACACAUUAAUGGGGACAGAACAUGCUAUCAAGGAAAUUGUCAAAGAAGAGGCUGAUGAAUACUUUGUCAUAGUCUUAAGUGAUGCAAAUCUGUCACGAUAUGGAAUAAAACCUGCCACAUUUGCCCAAAUCCUUACAAGUGACCCUCAAGUAAAUGCUUUUGCCAUUUUUAUUGGAUCAUUGGGUGAUCAAGCAACCAGGCUCCAGAAAACUUUACCAGCUGGCAGGUCUUUCAUUGCCAUGGAUACCAAGGACAUCCCUCAGAUUUUACAACAGAUCUUCACCUCCACAAUGUUGUCAACUGUUUAAGAAAUGCCCUCCACUGCAUAACGACCCCAGGAUUUAAAACAAGAAAAAGGAAUGUUCUAAAGAGAAGACAUCUAUAAAGCAAACCCAUGCAAUGACAAUAUAAUUCUAGCAUUGCUUGCUUCUUCCUACACUGACUCCAUAAUCAGGAUUCAGAAAAGCAGCCAGAAGCAGACUUGUGCCUGUAAAUCUCCAGCCACUGAUGGGUUUAGAAAUCCUCAGUGGGAGAAGUUGACCUUCAUAUAAUGCAAGGUCGUGGUUAAAGGAAAUUGGCAUGAGAACUACAGUGUUUGGACUGUUUCAAAAACCUGAGAGGUAAAGAAUCCUUGCUUUUGCCUUAACACAUCAUCCGUCACCUAAGAUAAGAGAAAAAACACCAUCACACUGAAACUCUGAGACCAUGGUCUGACAUUGGGAUCAAGUCUGUGCAAACCCCACCCAACAUGCUGCUGUCUCAUAAUUAUUUUUAUUUUCUCCCUCCUCUGGAUUGUCUAGCAAACAAUAGUUUUAUAGUAUUUAACCCACUGAAAAGACCUUCCAACAGCAAUAUUUUAUAAAAAGUUGGAUUUUCUCAGUAAUUCCAUUUUCUUGGCCAAAGCCAAAAGAAAUCAGGAGAUCCUUAGAAUGCUUGAUUUCCUAGGUGACUUUUAAAAGGCUCUUUGAAUAAUAAAGAACAAAUGUCCUGUUCUCCCUGCCACCACAUGGAAGAAUAAAGAUAUCUUGUAUGAA